AUGAAAAGGGCUCUGCAUCAAGAUAUAUAUAAGCAUAUAAAACCAAGUACGCUCCUAGGAGUACUCUCAUAUUUUUCUCAGUCGUGGGCCGAAAACCGUUACAUUAUUUCGAACGAAAGCAUCAAGGAUAAUAUGACUAUCCCUUUUGAUCCAAUGGUUGUACCCGAUCUUAAACUCAUGGAGUACGAUAUGUUGAAAAAUCUUGUCAGUUCACUUAAACAAUCAGUAUCCGAAGAAGCGAUUAACGAUGCAAAAUUAAAAGAAAAUAUGAAAAUUCGUUUACACCACCAGCGCCAGCGUCAUCCACAGCUAACAAAGUUGAUUAGAACAAUGACACGUAUAAAGCAACCAGAAAAUUUGUCGUUGGAUUCAGGCAAAAGAAGGUGGAACAAAAGAAAAGAAUGGAUUGGGUCGUGUGCAUGAAAGAAGGAGAGGAUUUGAAAAUCUUGAAUUAUAAAAAUUCAGAUUUA